AUGAUGAUUUAUAAUAUAAUUGUUGUUUUAAUGUUUGAAUCAACUUAUGGUGGAUGGGAAUCUAGCAAUCAUCAGGGAAAUUAUAUUGUAUUCGAGUGUAUAAUUGAAGAUAUGUUGUUGUUAUCCAGUGUUAGAAGUGGCAGUAAAUUACUAUUGUUAAACAAUUUUUAUAGGUUCAAAUCAUCCUAUGAAUCAAUAGUGAAAAUUAACGAACUUAAUGAGUUUAAGCAGAAGUUGAUUGAUAAUAAGAAUGGCUUGUCGGUGAUUGAUUUUUAUGCAACAUGGUGUGGGCCAUGUAGAGCCAUGGCACCACAUUUAUCUAAGUUUGUCAAAGAAUAUCCAAAUGUCUCAUUUUAUAAAAUUGACGUUGAUGAAAACCCAGAUAUUGCACAACAUUGUGAAGUCACUGCAAUGCCAACAUUUGUAUUGGCUAAAAAUGGUGAAAUCAUUGAUAAAUUAGUUGGAGCUGAUCCAGUUGGUCUUGAGAAGACUAUCAACGAGAAUAAAUAA